UUUAUUUUCCCUGUUUGAGGCCUCCCUCUUAUUCUCUCUCCUCUCUCUUCCCCCCAAAAUUUCUUCGAGGGUCUUCUUCUUCCCCUGAAAGUCGAAACCCUCUCGAACCCUAAAAUUACACCACAAUCCCCAAAUCAUCGUAUAUAUCAUUUCCCUCAAAUUGAUUAUAAUUUACUAGGAUAAUUUAAAAUGCAGAACCAAAGAAUGAAGCAACAACAACAAGCUUUGAUGCAACAAGCUCUUCUUCAGCAACAGUCUCUUUACCAUCCCGGUCUUCUUGCUGCUCCUCAGAUAGAGCCAUAUCCAAGUGGAAACCUUCCUCCUGGUUUUGAUCCCUCUACAUGUCGUAGUGUGUAUGUGGGUAAUAUUCAUCCUCAAGUCACAGAACCAUUAAUUCAAGAGGUUUUUGCUAGUGCCGGCCCAGUUGAAGGUUGCAAGCUUAUUAGGAAAGAAAAGUCAUCCUAUGGGUUCAUUCAUUACUAUGAUCGCAGAUUUGCCAGCAUGGCUAUAUUGACUCUAAAUGGAAGGCAUUUGUUUGGCCAGCCUAUAAAGGUAAAUUGGGCAUAUACUAGUGGUCAGAGAGAAGACACUUCAAAUCAUUAUAAUGUGUUUGUUGGCGACCUGAGCCCUGAGGUUACAGAUGCUAUGUUGUUUGCUUGUUUCUCUGUUUAUCCUAGUUGUUCAGAUGCAAGAGUAAUGUGGGAUCAAAAAACUGGCCGCUCUAGGGGGUUUGGAUUUGUUUCUUUCCGCAGCCAGCAGGAUGCCCAAAGUGCUAUAAAUGACCUAACAGGCAAAUGGCUGGGUACUAGGCAGAUACGCUGCAAUUGGGCAACUAAAGGAGCUACUAGCAAUGACGAUAAGCAGAGUUCUGAUGCAAAAAGUGUGGUGGAAUUGACGAAUGGCUCAUCAGAAGAUGGAAAGGAGGCCACAAAUAGCGAAGCCCCUGAAAAUAAUCCUCAAUAUACAACUGUGUACGUCGGGAAUCUUGCUCCUGAGACUACUCAACUUGACCUUCACAGACACUUUCAUAACUUAGGUGCUGGAUCUAUUGAAGAAGUAAGGGUGCAGCGUGACAAAGGCUUUGGCUUUGUUAGAUACAGUACUCAUGCUGAAGCUGCCUUGGGCAUUCAGUUGGGAAAUACACAAAGUAUGCUUUUGGGCAAACAAAUUAAGUGUUCGUGGGGAAGCAAGCCAACUCCAGCAGGAACAGCAUCAAAUCCACUGCCCCCACCAGCUCCUGCGCCCUUAGGUUUUUCCGCUACAGAUCUUCUCACCUAUGAGAGGCAAAUGGCAAUGAGUAAGAUGGGCGGGAUGCAUGCUCUGAUGGGCGGGAUGCAUGCACAAGGGCCUCAUCCUCUCAACAAAGCUAGUAUGGGAGUGACAGCCGCUGGUGCUAGCCAAGCUAUUUAUGAUGGCGGGUUUCAAAACCUUGCAGCAGCCCAGCAGAUGAUGUACUAUCAAUAAAUCUCGAUGCACAGCCCUCUUCAAUUUCUUCUGCACCUGCAGAUUUGCAUUCGUGUGUCUAAAAUCGUUUUGAGCUAUUUGUUUCUCUAAUGGUGAGGGUUUGAGACCCUAUCCCUCCCUGUACUUGAUUGUCCUGUGUGUGGAUGCAUGAUGUAACCUUAUUUUCCGUUUCUUUUUUACUUCUAUUUUUUUACCCCUCGGCUUUUGGAGCUCUUUUUUUCUUUUAUUUUCGUUCUUUUCCUUCCUAUCUUGUAGGAACCCAUGGUUGAUCUAGAGGAAGUUUUGUCCAUUUUAUGGACACUAGCUUAUAUUAUGUCUUAUUUUUCCUU